CGGUCCUUGAGUGAUACUAACAUGGUCAAGCAGGCAUUCAAAGGUGUUUUGAAGCAAUCAAACUAGGUACUGCUGAGGGUUGAACCUCAAUGUCCCGCUGCUUCUGGGAGCUACGAUGAAGCUACUGCAGCUAGUCUGGGUCUGUGUUGGACUUCCCCAGAUUGUGCGCCUAGCGCUCGAUAAGAGACGGAAAGCUAUCAGCAGCCUCGUGGGAAGGCGUUUCUUAAGGGUCAGCCUUGCUGAUAACGGAACAUGCAGUAAACGUCACUUUCUGGCCUGCAAGCAAAGGUGCGGCCGGGUGCGAUGCUGGCGUGUGUUGAGCUCGCUGGCGCUCGCACUCGUCUCUGCUGAACAGUCUUGGGCACCAGCUAGGCGCCAACAGACCAGAUCGGCGCGCGUACCGCGGAAUGGCAGAGCGCCGAUAAGACAGAGGGCGUUGCUUUUGUGCGAGUUCUGGGGGCGCGCAAAGUCCCCGAACACCGAACGUCCCAUGGAAUGCGUAUGGGACCGUUUUGGACAGUAGGGCUGCGGCUGGGUGGUGGUCCUGGGGAUCAGCGCGCGCGCGGUGCGGUGGCCAAUCAUGCGAGCCACGUUC